GAUGUUAAGUGUAAACGUUUAUAUUCGUCUAGAGAUAUUGGUGGAACGAGUAGAACACAUAGCAUUUGAUUACAAGAACCAAUAGAAUAUACCAAAAAGGAAUCCUUGCAGAAAAUAGAUUGUUAGAUGGAUUUCUCUCAGCGCGACGACAAGAUAAACUCUAUUCAGCCAAAACUAGGUUUACACUGGUAUAUAUGGUCUGGUUAAGUGCAUCAUCCUAUGAGGCAACGUUGCCGUGGAAGCCGCAGACGCCAGUCUAGGGUGGCCAACCUAAUUUUGAAAUCCCACUUUAACAGAAAAGCCCUGCAGCCAAUGAAAGCGGGUUUCGAUAAAUUGGAAACUAAUCAGAUCAUCCAGGGGGCGGGACUAAAGCAAUCCUCAGGACGAGAGAAGGUAACUGCUACCAGGAGAGUGUCAGAUGAAAUCCAGCGAGCAGCUAGUGCACAGUUCAUUUACACUGAAAUAACUUGAAACACAGGCAGGUGUUUGCAUGAAGGUUAACGACGAAGCCUCAAACAAGAUUUUAUUCCAUCUACGGAUAUUUUCUCGUUACCCAGACAAAGGAAUUGAUAGAGUUGGGGCUCCCUCUUUUUGCCAUUCUGCAUUGCAAACACAUGGACACGUGGAAGGAGGGUCUUUAAACUGAAGAAGAACAAACCAGGCUGCUUAAAAUAACCCAAACCUCGAUUUAUCUCUUCGGAAUGAAUCUUCUUUUGGUAACUGGGUGAAAUGCCUUGACCUUACUCCACCCCCAUACCAUGGCAGGUUUAGUCUCCUCUGUGGGUUUGGUGGUGAUGCUCAAGGCUCUAAUGCAAGUCCAUGGCCUGCAUGCAGUGUUUCUGGGGAUGACAGUGUUGGCAACAGUGAUUGCUGCUGACUCACCUUUUGCAGAUGAACCUCUGCUGGACUCCACACACCAUCCCAUGGGAUUUCUUGGAGAUGUUCCAAGUUCAACAGAGUUGUUACCGUCCGCCUUACCAGCCACAAAUUAUACUGCCUUUGAGAGUACAGACUCACCUCGAGCUCUGGCAUCCAUUUCUGAACCAAACAAAUAUUUCCAGAAGGGACAAGUUGCUUCUGAAAACUACAAAUCCUUAACAGACCUCCUUGCAGAAGAAGCACAUCCUCUUUCCGUUCCAUCAUUAAACCCCACCGAACCUGUGCUACGGUAUAGUCCACAAUUUGCAGCACCAGCUAAACUCGACACAGACUGGAAGGUGGCCAGGACAAAUUCUGCCAAGCAAUCUUCCUCUCUCUCUCCAACACCUACAAGAUCCCAACUGCAGCCUCAGUCAAAUAUGUUCAUAGCGUCUUUAAGCCCUUCUGCUUUUACAAGCUCAACACCUCAACUUGUACAGAAAGGAACUUUUAGCAAGCAACAGGAUGGUGCAUUAGACCAAACACUGGCAACCAUGACCUCACCUCUUGGUCAGCCCCUUGAGACCCCUGAACUGGCUUUUGCUGACUCUCUGACAAAUCAGCCUUACAGUAAUAUACUUGAUGUGAACCAGCAAAGCCCCAGGAGUGCCCCCUUGGAGGAGAACAAACCAGCACGUGACAUAAACAUGCAGAAACAUCCAGAUGAGAUUUUGGCCCCUGGUUUUGAUGUGCCUUUUAUUGCCCCCUAUCCUACUUUACCUUCAUCUGAACGCACUGAGGUCUCUCCAGAGGACUUCUACCCCACCAACACCAUGGAACUGGACUGGGGAUCUGGGGACUACUUGGAGACAAUGUCAUUCUUAGAUUCCAAUGGAGAGGACUACUCUCUGGUCACCAAGGUGCCCUCUGACUCGUAUGAUCUAGAGGAUUAUACAGAAAGUUACGACACAUCCUUCCCCUCCAGAGUGGGUAUAUCCCCUUCAUCUUUGCAUCCUCUUAAUUUCUCACCUUCCCCCAGCCUAACGACAUCAUACAGCACCAUUGUUCCACUAACGUCCAUAAUUCCCUCAUCUUUUUCCUCUGUAAUUCACUACACACUGGAACCUACUGCCGCAGCUAACAGUGACAUGCCCGAUGUGUCGGACAUAGAUUGGCCCGAUGCUUUUACGAUUCAUCCGACAGAUGUUCUCUUACCUGACAUGAACAGCUUGGAGUAUUACACCACUCAGCUGACCAAGGAGAACAACACUUCAGACGCUGGAGCUGAACACAGAGGGAACGUUUCUGUAGUGUCCAUCAGUGCUACAGACAUCACACCCACCAGCAGCUUCACCAAUGAAACCAAACUGAAUGAGGAUGAGUCCUCCAGUGAUCUGUCAGGGUUUGAGCCUCACGAUGAAUCAACCACAAUAGUAACCACAGAGGAGAGUCCUCAGCUGGCCAAUGCCUCUGAGCCAUUUCUGGAGCCUUCCAUAUUCCCAACCCACUUCGCUGAUCUGUCUUUGUCCACCUCGGGCAGUCAGGUGUCCACCACAGAUUGGUCUGCACCUACCCUAACUGUUGGCAUAGACAGCACUGCAUUAACAAAAGCUAUACUACCUAGUAGCACGCCUCUGCUGCCUGAUGAUGUGAUGUCUUCUUCCUCUCUGACAGAUGUCCAUUGGUUUGUUACAGAGUCAGUUGCAGAAAGUACCAAACACACCACUGUCUUAACUGCAACCGUAGCCUUCUCUCCUGUUCCCACUGAACCUGCUGCCAACACCACCAAUGGUACAACAGAAUUAACUCCCCAAGACUCUACUUUCACAGCUCAAACUCUCAGUAUCACUUUAGUUUCAACUGAAUCAACAUCUAAUGUUAGUUUGGUCCCCCCAGACGUGUUGGGCGAUCAGGGGGUGACUGAAGAUGGAGCUGACAUCCCAGCCACAAUGACCUUGAUCCCAACUAGCAGUGAAGCUAAUACAGUCUCAGCUGUACCCACAACUACACCUGCCACUACUACUUCUCAUCAAGCCACAACUAGAACUACUGCUGCCACUGAAGCCUCAACUAGUGUCAACAUCAUCUCUACCACAAGUGGAAAGACGACUACAGCGACAACAUCAAGGCAGUACCUCUGCAACCUGGACAAGCCUGCUUACUUAGUAAAAAUUGGUUUCCCCUCCGGUGCAACUGUUGGAUAUGCCAAAUCUCAAGUGAAAGAUAUACUGAAAGGGGAAUUCAACAAGUCAGUGGAGCUGCAGGUUGUGGACGCCCCACCAAGGUUUGUGUUUCGGGCAGUGUCUGGUCCAGUUGUAUACACAGCAGUAUCCAUCAUCAAUGCUGUACGAAGGUCUGGGCGCCGCUUCCUGUCUGUGUCUCCCAGCUGGACAACACCAGACCAUAAAUAUCAAAUCCACACAGUGCUGCAGUUUGUUCCCAGUCACAUAGAUGUGCGGUACUGCAACUUCAGUGAAAGUAUAGAAAAAGGAUUGACCAUGGCCUUUGCAGAAGUGCGACGGCGCUCAAAGGAGUCAACUAACUUCACAGUGCAUAUUGUUAACAUCACCAUGGCAGCUCCCGAAUAUCAGGAACAGCAGCUAACGAGGCAGCCAGUGGACAUUACCUUCACUAUACGUGGAUCAGGGGGCUAUCUGAUGGGUUCAGAGGUCAGCAAUGCGCUGAUGAAGCUCACAGUGGUGGAAUUCAGCUUUUACAUGGGCUUUCCUGUACUGCAGAUUGCUGAGCCUUUCCAUUAUCCAGAGUUGAAUACCAGCCAGCUGCUUCGCUCCUCAUGGGUUAGAACAGUGCUCUUGGGAGUGCUGGACCAGAAGGUGGGUGAGAGGACCUUCCAAGCCAACAUGGAGCGCCGGGUGGCCAUGUUACUCGGGGAGGCAAUGGGAUUAGUCAGACGAGUUAAGAGAGCCACCACCAUAGGCAACAACAGUGUUCAGGUUGUAAGUGCAAGCCGACUGGUGGGAGUGGACCAUCCCUUGGAGAUAGUGUAUUUUGUGGAGGGUCCCAGUGGUCAGAGGAUGCCUGCAGAUGAAGCAGCAAACCUACUCAACAGCAUGGAUGUUCAAAGGGCUGCCAUCAUCUUAGGAUAUCGUGUCCAGGGAAUUUUGGCACAGCCUGUGGAGAAGGUGGCGUCCUCGCCAUCUGACGGCGAGAACACCAACUUGUGGAUCGUCAUUGGGGUGGUGAUUCCCCUCCUCGUGGUCAUUGUCAUCAUUUCUAUCCUGUACUGGAAACUUUGUCGGACAGACAAGUUGGAGUUCCAGCCGGACGCCAUGACCUCCAUCCAACAGAGACAGAAGUCUACUACCUCACUCAGAGAAUCAAGGACCUCCCUUCUCCAGACACUGCAUCCAACUAAAAAAGAUAAAAAAGAUUUUAUUGAGAGGGAGUAUGAGGAAGAAGAGGAGGAAGAGGAGGAGGAAGAGGAAGAAGAAGAAGAGGUGAAGGCGAAGGAGGUUAAAAGGUGGAAGAGACCUGUAGCUCUUCCCAAGAGCAAACAGAGUAUGAGCAGUGAAGAGGAAGAGGAAGAAGAAGAAGAGGAGGAGGAGGAGGAGCAGGAGGAGGAGGAGGAAGAAGGAGAAGAGGAAGAGGAGGAGGAGGAGGAAGACGAGGACAAAGAUAAGGAAAAAGAGAGCUUCAGAAAGACAGGAAUUAAACCAGAGGAGCAAAGAAGACAAGGGAGCAAAGCAGUGACAAUGAAAACAGGGGCAAUGAAGAAAGAAGACAGAAUGAAGGGGUUAACUAAAGGGAGGAGAGCCAAGGAGGAGUUGCAGGCUCCAAGUGUGAAAGGCUUUGACUUUGCCAAGCUUCAUCUUGGCCAGCAGAGUAAGGAAGAUGUCAUGGUGAUUCAGGAACCUCCAGAUUCUGGCCCUGUACCCCUGCCUGUGUCCACUAAAGAUGGUCUUAGUCCGUCUGAGAAUGGGGAGAUCCCUACUCCCAUAUCCAAAAACUCAGCCUCCUCCACCAAGGCUUCUCGCAGCGGUCGAAGACGAGGAAGGAUCUCGCCAUCUGACGGUGAGUCUGUGGUAAGUGACCAUUCCAGUGAGCGGGAAUCAACUGAGGAGAACCUGAGAGGCCACGCCACGCCCAGCGACAGCAAGCAGACCCGUAAGGUCCCCAUCAAUGUUUUAAAUGGUCCUCCUCCCAUGAACGGUACAAGCGAGCAGUUGUCUUCGGCCUCCAUCUUUGAACAUGUUGAUCGGAUGUCUCGUGCCGCAGAUGCAAGCAGGAGACUCCCCAACAAAGUUCAGCUUAUCGCCAUGCAGCCCAUGCCUGUCCCACCACUGCACAGCCCAGCUAUCAAUGGCAAGCUGUCUGACACCAGUCAAAUCAACAAAGAGAUCCAGGUAGCACUGAGGCACAAGUCAGAAAUUGAGCACCAUCGUAACAAGAUACGCCUGCGUGCCAAGAGGAAAGGCCACUACGACUUCCCUGCCAUGGAUGACAUGACAAGCAGCCUUGGAGAUGCGAAGAACCAGGAUCGCAUUUAUCAGAAAGCACAGAUACAGAUCGAUAAGAUCCUGGACCCAGAUGCCCAGAUGGCUUCCAUCUUUAUGGGAUCCAAGAAAAGUGGUCGAGGAAGGCGCUCUCCAAAACAGAGGAUGAAGGAGCAGCUGAACGGAGGCAUGAUGGAUGCAGACAAAGACCACCUCAUCACUGAAGACAGUGAGGCUGCUUACAGAAAGUGUCCUGGAGUCAACAAUGUGGCCUAUGUUUCGGAUCCUGACCAAGGCCAGGGGUCCCCUCACAGGAGCCCUUCCCCCACCGAUGAUGUCUUCCUGGGUCCUGCUGCCUCUCCUCCAGGCCAUGCCCCUCCCCCACCCCCCUACAUGCCUCCGCAGCCCUCCAUUGAGGAGGCGCGGCAGCAGAUGCACUCCCUGCUGGACGAUGCCUUUGCGCUAGUGUCGCCCACCUCUCAGGGCAGCACAGCAGGGAUCACUCUCCCAGGGGUCAGUACCAACGCCCCUGUAUCCAGCCCUCCAGGCCGCGGCCCUAGGCCUUGGGGGCCCUCGUACCCACCUCUUGGCCCUUACCCUGGUAGGUUCACUGAGUUGGGAAUGUCCCCUCCGUCUGUCCAAGGCCUGAUAACAAGGCAGGGCCUUGGCUCAAGCUACCUGCCACCAGGAGAAACAGCAGGGCAGUGUGAGCAGCUCCAGCCAGACAGCCUGUACUCCAGCAGGGGCCUUUAUGCUGAUGAGCUUCCCUCAUCUGCCAGACCGCGACCAGUAGGAGGAACUACAGGCGCCCAGCUCCAUCAUCUCACACAGGUGGGGUUGUCCAGCCGGAUGAAUGGUUACCCAGCAGGUGUCAGGGCUCCUCCAGGCCACAACGGAGGCAUUGGCUGGAACCACUACCAUGAUGAUAAUUUCUCCAGGACAGAGCCUGAAAAAGAAGCAAUGCCCAGAAGUAGUAUCAGAGAGCCUUCGGCACCCCCUGUCCACCUAGACACCCCUGGGGUGGGCUAUCUGUCAGCCCCACAGCCCCUGGACACGUCGCCUCCUACCCACUCCUCUGCCUCCCUGAUCAAGGCCAUCAGGGAGGAGCUGUUGCGUCUCUCCCAGAAACAGGCAGCUGUGCCCAGCUACCACAGCUGAAGCCCCAGCCUCUGGUCUCUUGCUCUAACCAGUCAUGCCACUGACCCUGCCUGCCUGCUUUGCCUAAUCUGACAAUACUUCCUAUGGAAGUCCCUGAAGGUGUACAGCAGAGAGAUAGUCCUGCUAAACUGAAGUGAUGAGGUGGCUAACAGAGAUUUUACCUGAAGAGGCCGCCCUCGUGAAGAACUGAGUGACAGGAUGGUUGAUACAGCUCUGAGACUAUUCAGAGAACAGAAUCAGAUCAGCUACAGUAUCUCAUCAUAGACAGUGUAAUGAAAUGAAGAACAAUAUGAUCAGUAUAUGCUGGACCUUUUUAAAUGAGAUGACAUGUCUGGAUUGUCCAUGUGUCUCUGUUCUGCACUUCAUUGUGGAUCAGAGAAAGAUCAUGCCAUGUUGUGGCCACUUGUUUGAAAUUUUGCUGCAUUUCUCCAAAAUCAGUAUUUUUCUGUAAUAGUUUCAUUCUCAUACUGCCUUCGCUGAACAGAAAUACCCCCUAAGACACAUACCAUAUUAAGAUUUUUUGUUUUUACAUUUGUUUUCCAGUGCAGGCUUGUAACCUCGUUUUUACCAUCAGGUGCUCCUUCCUGUUUUCUGCCAUGAUGAGCCAUGCUAUGCCUUGACACUGUGAUGUCAUUCACCUGACCCAGUCUACUGUACAAGCCUACAGUGAGGUCAUAGUUCACAGCCAGCGAGCCAGUUCAGACAGUAGUCACGAUGGGGCAUCCAUGCAGACUAAUAACACUUAUAAACACUACCUAUUCUUGCUUCUUACUCUUACUCACUGCAGUAGCACAGAGUUAGUCUGAGUUGAUUUUUUUUUUACCUUUUCUCUUACAGUACAUACUUUAGAUCCUGUGCUUUUAUUUAUGUCCAGUAGCUAACAGAUGAACAUGAUAAAAUGACCUUGACAAAACUUUAAUCUUCAAACAUGACUUCAGAGGCACAAAUGUGUUCCAAAUAAUAAAUGAACAAUUUGUGUAUCUACUUGACAAUUAGGGCGUACUGUCUUAUUUGGUUGUAAUUUGAUGCACUGUAUGCAGACUACUUGGUACAGCUCAGGUCAUCCAGAAAGAGAUUCCUUGCGGACAAAUCAGUGUUAAGACAUUUUGAUAGGUUAUGUGGAAGAGCAGUUAAUGAGUCUUACAGAUCAAUAAUCUGUUUUACCAUUAACUUGUAUUGACUUUGUUUUGAACAACCUUCUCUGUUUGAUGCAGUAUUCAAAGUCUGUUUGGCCUUUUUGUUAGCACAGGAAGGAAAAAACGUGUACUGUAUUUGUUGUCAUUUGGUUUAUUUCAUGUCAUGUUUAUGUGAUUUUUAAAUUUCUUUGGAUUUACCUUGCCUCGUGUAAUUUUUCUUAGUCAUUGUACUGGUAGGAAAUCGUUACAGGUUACCUUAUUUUACAUAACCCUCCCACAACAUGUUGUGAUGUUUCAGAGCCUGAGGUGAUAUUUUAUUUAAAUAAAAAUAAAAGAGAAAAUAGUGGAUUUUAAAAGCAGGGCUUGGAAAUAUGAUUUGGAGCGUGAAUCAAUACUAUGUGGCGGGCUAGAAAUAUUCCCCAAACAGGCAUUGAUGUUAGGCAGCGAGCUGAUACGUUCUACACGUUACCAGAGCGUCCUUCCCAUCCUUUUUUUUCUUUGCUAUGUGAUGUGCCUUUUGGACACACCUGAGCAGAUGACAUUUUCUGUGUGACCCAUUUUAUUGUCAUUCAUUCAGUCACCUUGUAUCAAAGAUUGUGAUUAGCCUAAAUUACAACAACAUUUAGUAUUAAAAAAAGAUGUAAAUAUGACAUAAUGGGUAUUGAUCUGCUGCAGAUGAAAUUUCAUCCAGCUAACGGUGAUCAAACAUUGUUUCGAGUUUCCUUGGGUUCAUUUCUGGUUUUCCAUUUCACCUCUGACGCUCAUGUUUUCUUUGUUACCAAUUUCACACUGUAUGCCUCCAUCUGCUGGUUCUGUACUGUAACAACAGCCCAUCCACUUGUGUUCAUCCUCAGUUUAAUUAUUACUGUUUUUAUGAUGAUGUUGCUUUGUGUUUUUUUCAUCUGUUUCGAUGUCUUGUAAUCUGUGGAAAUGAUCUGUUGGCUGGCCCAACUUUAUGUUUGAUGUUGCAUGCUUAAUUAUUGUAUUUCUUUUGAUUGUUUUUGCGCAUGCUGUUCCAAAAUUCUUGAAAUACAAACAAGAAAUUGU